CACUUCCACCGCAUAUUCAAACUCCUUUCAGAUCUCGUUUCCGUCGUUGUCUCACGCGUGCAUCGUUCAAUUUUCGUCAAAAAAACCGGUAAACCCAACCCUAAAACCGCCCCCACAACCCCAAACCUCGCAUUCGACCGGCUUGAAAAAGGGGCGUGUUGCCCCACGAGUGUCAUGACCAUAUGGGAAUUGGUGCAGUGAGUGCGACCUAAAACCAGAUCGAAAAAAAAAAACAAUAAAAAAAAAUGGAAGUGUUUCCGACUCUGAUUGGCCCAAAUGACGACUUCAAAGAGCUAUGGGAGGCUGAUUUGGACCCGCAGACCAUGCAGGAAGUACUACGUUUGAACGCCGCCGGAGACGUGGAAUGGAGUUAUAUGGACAAGGAUUUGCCGGGGGUUAUAAUCCAUGAUCGACUUAUGACAGAUGCGGCCCUUGGGACAAGACCCAUCAAAACAGAACAUUCGUAUAGUUUGGCCUCGGAUGGGGAUUCGUUACCCGACUCGCCCAUAUCGCAUAAUAAGCUUGAAGAAAUGGACGACGAAUGCUUCUCCCUGCCGCUGAAAAAAGACACAAUAACGAUAAAAGACGAGCCAUUGAGCGAGACCGACUCCUCCUCAUGCCCCUCCUCCCCGCAGUCCAGUUUCAUGAACACCAGCGAAUUGCAUUUCGACGUCGAAAUGGUAACCACGCCCACCACCUUCCACCGCACACACCUAACCACAAACUUGCAGAAAACCAGCCAAUCACUACUCAAACCCUCCUCAAACAUCAUCAUCAGUUCGCCACAUAACGUCAUACCUCAACGCAUCAUGCCAAAAUUGAACAUUAAAAUCGAGCCAGGACACGCCUUCCAUCUGCCCCCGACUCCGCCCUCCUGUAGCAGCAGCGAAGACAGCGAAGACAACGCCACCAUCUCGCAACCGCCCUCCCCCAACGUACGCAAAACCAAUACGAGAGUGAUUAUGAGUCACGCGACCCGACAGCCGAUACACACCCCCUUGAUCAGCAGCCAACCGAAAGGGUCGACGGGGACUCUAGUUUUGACAGAUGAAGAGAAAAGGACUCUAAUCGCGGAGGGGUACCCAGUACCCACAAGACUACCACUCACCAAAGCCGAAGAAAAGUCCCUAAAGAAAAUUCGGAGGAAAAUCAAAAAUAAGAUUUCGGCGCAGGAAAGCCGUCGAAAAAAGAAGGAAUACAUGGACCAAUUGGAGCGCAAAGUGGAGCUUUUAGUGUCGGAAAACAACGAAUAUCGCACCAAAAUCGAGAGUCUCGAAGACUCAAAUACGAAUUUACUAAACCAGUUGCAAAAGUUGCAAGCAAUCGUCGCCCGAACACACCCGCAACUGAUCAAACAAAUCAAGUAGGCAUCGAGUACAAAAAAAAGAAAUGUCUUCCAUCAACAUUCCACAAACCAAAGUUUAUUAUAUUUUAUAUAUAUAGUGCGGCUCAAAUAUUUUUGUACUUAAUUAGCUGUAUAUAGCGUGUGCCUUAAAAUUUUCCACUGGGACCAUUUUAUUUAUUCGACUGAUUCGAUCCAAGAUGGCGUGCAAUGUACAUAUAUACGAAGUGUUGCAUUUUAUCAGAGUUUCUAUUUUAUAUAAAUGUUUUUUGUUAGAAUUUAGAGAGAGAUUUUUAAAUGGGUUUAGAUUACGUUUCCUCGUCUGUUUUAGGUAUGAGUGUUACGUUUUAAUUAAUUAAUUAAUUUAAUUAAUUAUAUCAUAUUUAUUAUUGUCCUAUUCAUGCAAUUUGUGUGUAAAUGAGAGGUUUUUAACACAUUGUUUUUUGUGUGCAAUUUUACUCCGAGUUUGGGGUCGAUUUUAUUACAGUUUUCUUUUUUUUUGUCAUUUUAGUGACGUGUCUUGCUUUUAUCGCACUGUGGGUACCAAUAGUGUCUAUUAUUGUAACGUUUUGAUUGAAAUAAAUAACAAAGCAAAACGAAAA